UAGAAGCAUUCAUGCAGCAGAAUAAGAUAUUACAUAUAGAAGGAAAUCCAUCUUUAAGGGGCACUCUACACAGGUUGCAGAUUUAUACAAAAGUAGGAGAUAGAGAAAACCUUAUCCCAGUGCACUUCAAUAAAAUAAAUGAUGAUGCCUGCUCCUGUGAUGUCUGCUCCUGCGACUCCUGCGAUUCCUGCUCCUGUGAUGUCUGCUCCUGUGAUGCCUGCUCCUGUGAUGCCUGCUCCUGUGAUGCCUGCUCCUGUGAUGCCUGCUCCUGUGAUGCCUGCUCCUGUGAUGCCUUCUCCUGUGAUGCCUUCUCCUGUGAUGCCUUCUCCUGUGAUGCCUUCUCCUCUGAUGCCUUCUCCUGUGAUGCCUGCUCCUCUGAUGCCUUCUCCUCUGAUGCCUUCUCCUGUGAUGUCUGCUCCUGUGAUGCUAUGAUGCCUGCUCCUGUGAUGUCUGCUCCUGUGAUGCUGUAAACUUCCAGAGUAUUCACAGUCACUGAUACACAACUUAGGUAGUGCAGCUAAUGAGUAAGGUGAAUGAUGAGUCUAGUCAUUGUCCCUUGAAUUAAUGCUGCUUUCACAGAUAUAAUUUAGAAACAAAUCAGCUUUAGUGCUUCUUGCACAUGUAGGUGAAUAUUUCUCAUGU